AUGGCUUCCCGCGGUCGAGAAUCCUCCCGUCCCCCAACCAUAGUCACAGCUGCUACUGAAAAAGAAGCUCGUCGUGUUCUUCAAUGGCAAGAAGAAGUUGCCAGAAGUACAGCUGGUAGUUCCACUUCUCCUACUUCAGACGAAGCAUACCGUGCUGUAGCUCCAAGUCACGUUUCCAGAGCACCUGCCCGAACACAAGUUUCCCAUGCUCCUCAAUCUCAAGCUCCAGAACACCCACCUUUUCGAAGAGCAGAAACUUUCCCCAGAGUCAUGAGGAGAGAAACUUAUGCAGGUCAUGGGCAUCCCAGUACACAAGUUAGUAUCCGCAGAGACAUGAGUCAUGAUGAGGAGCAAACUGUCUACGUAGACGAGGUAGAACGAGCCGAGCAAGAAAAAGAAAAAGAGAAGAAUGGUGGGCUCUUCGGCAUGACCAAUAAAGCUCUCGUGGGUACUUUUCUUGGCGCGGCUGCAGGCGCUGCAUUCGCAUAUGCAAUGGUCAAAAGCGAAGACCCCGAAUACGAAUUAGAGCCAGAGCGUAAACCAAUGCCGGGUCUAAGGAGAAGCUAUACCACCGGUCAUGCGGAAACCAUCGCAAGUAGCACGAAAGGCUCUUCAGCCGGAGGACCAGAACGCAGAUAUAGAGUUAUUGAAGCCCCGCAUGCUCCUAUGCCUCCCCCUGCCUCUAGCUACUCGCGCAUUCAACGUGAUCGCGAACGUGAGAGAGAGGGUGUGUUAAGUCCAAUUGAGGAACGCAGUUACUACAGCUCUGCUGCGCCUUCAAACACAGGCACGAAAAUCCGUCGUAGUGCAGCGGAUCAAGGAGAAGGUUCAAAUGCCGGAACCGCAAGACCACCCACCGCAAUCAACAUCAGAGACAAAGCCCAGAGCAUCGCACCGACCAAAGUAAGCGAGCGGACCAGCACCGUCAAAGCAGUCAGUCGUGCUCCAACACAAGUCUCGCGCGCCCCCAAAAGCCAAGUCAGCGUGCGCGAAUCCGAAUACGAGUACGGACCUGCUCCGACUCAAGUUUCUGCAGCUCCAACCCGGUAUUCACAGGUGCCGAGAGGCGAUGAUGCAAAAAGUAAGAUCAGUCAUACACAUACUACGAUUAAAUUCUCACCGUCAAAAGUAGGCGCGAGCUCGCGAGAACGCAUUCCCCGAUCGGAAGCGACGUGGGAGCGAGACGAUGUAUCGGUUAGCGCGGUGAGCGAACGUAGUCGCGCGAGAGAUGUCCCGCUUCCGGCAUCGACGGUGGUGAGUGCGAGGUAUGGUGGUGGUUAUAGGGAACAGGGAAGUGGAUACACGCAUGCGGGUGAUCGAGAGAGAGAUGCGGAGAGGAGGGGCGAGAGGGAUGGGAAUGAUAGAAAGAGUUGUUUUGAUAGGGGGGUGGAUGAGGAUGGCAAGAGCUAUUUUAACCCCAGGGGUGCGAUGAGCGUCGCGCCUUCGGAUAGUGUUAGUAGUGUGGGGAGUAAGAGGGAGAGAAUUGAGAGGUUGAGAGGGAGACUGGAGAGGGAUUUGAGGGUUUAG